AACCCCUCUCAGCCUAAGCACCAUGUCUGAAAUCUGAAAUGUGUGGUUGGAAAUCUCAACCACACAUGUGUCAUGGAUGCCAUGAAUUGCAGGCAAUUUUGGAUAAAAUAGGAACUGGAAACAGAAAGCCGUUCCUGUGACGAGGGUAUAUAGCUGCCCCAUUUUGAGCUCUCUGAGUGCGGAGAAGGCGUCCCACGUUGCAACAAUUCCAUCACGCAAGAGGAUCUAGUUGAACAGCAAUGAAUGACUCUUUCAACGACAGCCAAUAUGACAGAAACUACGACGAUGAAGUGUGUGAAAAGGAGGAGGUGGUCAAGUUUGGAUCCAUUGCCGUUCCUGUCUUCUUCUCCGUUGUGAUCACACUGAGCCUGAUAGGAAACAUCCUCGUCCUUGUAAUCCUCGCUUUGUACGAAAACCUCAAGUCUCUCACCAACAUCUUCAUCCUGAACCUGGCCAUCUCCGACCUCGUCUUCACCGCCGGACUGCCCUUCUGGUCAAUUUACCACAUCUGGGGAUGGUUGUUUUCCAAGGUCCUCUGCAAAAUAGUGACUUUUAUCUUCUUCACCGGCUUUUACAGCAGCGUCCUCUUCCUGACGAUCAUGACCAUCUACAGGUAUCUGGUAGUGGUCCACCCACAGUCCAUCCUGAUCCCACAGAGACCCAGCACCAGUAUUUACAUCUCUGUUGUUAUGUGGAUAAUCAGCGUCGGAGCUGCCCUUCCCUCCCUGCUCUACACCACCAUUGUCUCCAUCCCCCACAAAGAUAACCACUCCCUGGGCUGCGAGUACCAAGACCGCCUGUGGAAAACCAUUAGUGUUUUCCAACAGAACAUUUUCUUUUUGGUCGCUUUUGCAGUAAUGGCUUUCUGCUACAUUCAAUUACUGUGGAAAAUCACAAGAACGAGAUCUCACACAAGGAGAAGAGCAGUGAAGUUAGUCUUCUCCAUCGUGGCCGUGUUCUUCCUCGGCUGGGUGCCGUACAACGUGGUCAUCUUUCUGCAGGUGUUGGCUGACGUGGGUGCAUCAUCCGAUAACUGCGGCGCAAGCAUCGACCUUGACUACACGUUCCAUGUGUGCCGGCUCGUGGCUUUCUCCCACUGCUGCCUGAACCCCGUCUUUUAUGUGUUUGUUGGUGUGAAGUUUAGGAGUCAUUUGAAGUCGUUGCUGCAGCGAUUGGUCAUUCAAACUCGAGCUGAAGAACAGCCGGUUAGAAUGCAAGAAAUAUCGCGUGGAUCAAUGUUGUAGUUGCUGUUAAAUUAUGGAAUUUUCUCUCGUUUGCUAAAGUCAAAAUGUGUACUUGGUGAAAGUAAUCCUGCUGAAAUAUGGAAAUAAAGGGCUGACACUUUGCACUUUGUAGCAAUCCACACAAUAUUCAAAUCAGACCUUUUCUAUUUAUCCUGUCAUAAUAAAUAGUUGUUAUUGGACCAUGCAACUUGAAUUGUUAUUUGCAUUUAUUUACUGGCACUUUAAAAAAGGGAGUCAUGUUUUUUGUGGACAUAAAACAUGUAAUUAAAUAGUCACAGCGGAAGUAGAGACAUAAACACUCUCACAUUUGUGAAGAUGUUUUCACUAUAAUUAGAUUUUGUUUGAUAAAAUGUUUCUUGCUUGGCUUUUAUGUUGUAAUGCAACUGAAUACGCUUGUAUGUAAUAUUUCAUUUGUUAAUGGUGCCACUGAGUAAAAAGCAAAUGAAAGGUAUCGGCAAUUUUGAGUUUCUCUAUGCAUUAAAAGACACAAUGGCUUUUUGCAAAAGA